AUCAUGGGCUAAAUGCUUGUUCUUGAACACUGUAUAGGUCAUGGGCGUUUCACCCAUGACCUAUACACUGGACGAGCAAGGAGGGGCUUCUUCUCUUUCUACUUGUUUUUACUAGCGCAUGGCUGACACCUGCAUUUGAAAGGGGUUUUGUGUGAAAUAUUUCAAACUGGUUUAAAUCAUGAAGUUUGGGAAACUAAAUGCAAACGGUUUGAUUCAGUGUCCUUACAAUGGCGGACAUGGAUUAGUAUUGUGUCAGGAGAGUGGCCUUGGUUCUCUUUACUUGGAAAAAACGUAGACGUUGUUGGGCUCGUCGCCAUGUUCGAGUGCACCACAUAAACCAAAUCCGAGUCCUUUAUUGGUCAAAGUUUAAACCGGUUUAAUGCGUUCUCGUAGAGCCCAAAAACUUGCGUAGCUACUUGUGAGCAUGGGAGUUUUGAAACACGUUUCCAUAGACUUUUCAUCGGAAGUGGAUGCUUGAACUUGCAAAAUGCAGCGUUAGACUUUAACAUGCUUUUAUUUUGACAGGUUUGCCCAUCGUUGUCCAAUCUUCUGCCAAAAAUCAAACGUGAUUUGAUUGUUAGAAGGUCAAGGCUCUGGCGACCUGUCCAAAACACAUCACCAAAAUGAAAGUGUGUCGUGUCAUGGAGGAUAAAUGCAGGAUAAGGAUGAAGCUGAAUGUCCCACACACGUCUACACUACCACAUGUAAGAGUCGUGGACGAGGACAUCGAUAAGGUGAUAACAUUCAGUCAUUUAGAGCUGCUGCUACCAUCCAUACAUCCAUUUGAAUAUAUGGAAAGGACUCCACAGUGGGAGAUUAGGUUCUCUGCAGCACAGAUGAGGCAAGAAGGGAAAUGUUCGGUGAGAUCGAGCUGAGAAGGACUUGCAGGUGUUGCUGAGACCGACUGUAGUGCAGCGAUGGAACCUGGAUCUGUAAGCGGUGCUGCUGCCUUGCUUCUCACCGUCCUGAGCUGUGUGUUCCUGCAGGGCGUCCAGGCAGGCGUGGUGGGGGAUUUCAACCAUGUGGAGCGCUGCAAAGACUCGCUGUUCAUGGGCACCCCGCCACGGGGCUACUUCCCCAACGCCUUCAAGAAGAUCUGCCAGAGGUACGAGGAUCAACCGCGCUACGUCACUCUGUACGACGCACGCCGACACAUCCCCAUCUACUCUGCCUACGUCUUCAAGAAGUCCGAUGGGGAGAAGAAGGUGGACUUCCCAUGGAUGUUUGAACCUCAGUUGGCCUCAGACAAGAGCAGCAGCAACAUGGAGCCCUUCCCUCAGUCCUCAGGAAUGCACAUGAACUUUGAGGACACUCAGGCGGUUCUGGAAGACUACGCCGACGUGGUUCAGUACGAGCGCGGCCAACUGAACCCAGACGAACACCAGGCCGACCCUCUGGACAAAGCCUCCACCUACACCCUGACCAACGUGGUCCCUCAGAUCCGGGAGUUCAACCUGGGCCCCUGGGCCGAACACAAGGACCUCAUACGAAGGCGCCUCAACAACUACUGCCGUGGCAAGGCCUUCGUGGUAACCGGAGUCACCACGUCGGGCCACACCAUCCGCCGCAACAACCUGGAGCGCGUGGCCGUCCCGGAGUACAUGUGGUCGGCAUACUGCUGCACCGAGUUCGACCAGAACGCGCCCUACUUCGUGCGCUACAAGUUCCCCAUGUUUGGGGCCUACGGGCUGAACGAUCGGGUCAACAACCACAUGGUUGAGGUUCCUCUCAAGAACCUGGAGAAGUUCCUCAGAAGCAGGAUGGACGUGGACAAGAACUUCCAGAUUUUUUACAAUGACUGCGCCUCAGAGACCUGAGCCGAAUCCUGAUUUCCGCCGUCCUUCGGUUCCUGGGUGGGUCAGUGCGGCCCGAAGCUUCACUAGAACCUUAAAUAUAUGUCAAAACUUGAUAAUUUAUUUUAAAAAGUGAUAAUAAAAGAAAGCUGAAAGUGGUAUUUGUUUCAAGCUUGGUCGUUAUUUCAAUUCAAUAUUAAAG